UCUAGGGUCUGUAUGGCUGAUGACUGAGUCUCCGAGCUGGAAGUGUUCAGCUUUGCUGGUCUGUGGGACCACCCAGCCAGCGCACCAUGUAGUUGGAGAACCACUGCAGUUCCAGAACCAAGUUUUGCAGCUGAUGCUUUUGGCUGCUGAGGGGCUCCCUGGAGGCUGGGCUGGGCUGGACUGGGUGUUAGAGCCUGAGCUCAGCUGUAGGAUGUUUUGGGGGUGAGGACAAGUAGUAAGGUACUGUUACUGCCUGGGCUCUUUCGUACCUCUUAGGAGGGCCAAGCAAGAGCUGUUGGCUACCAAGCACCGUUUUUCUAGUAAGCAAGCAUCCCGCCCAUCUGGACAGGAACAGGCUGAGGGCUUGACAAGCAGGGAGCCAGGCUCCUACUGCCAACAACUAAAGAUUCCACAUUUCCAUGAGAUGGAAAGGUCCUGGGAAGUCAGAGCCAGCCCCUCCCUGUUCAGUAUUGAAGGCUAACACACAAAGUAGGGAACGCCUGAGCAGCCUGCAGUGGAAAGUUGGAGCAGUGGCGUGUGGCCGGCGGAUGCAGAAGCAGAGAGCAGCUGGGGAGAGGAAGACUCAGAGGACGCGGUGGGGUAUGGCUGGGACGAUGCAGUUCCUGGCUUGGCUAAUAGUAGCCAUUUGCCUUCUCCCUGGGGUGACUACAACCCAGCACCAUCCAGGGCAGCCCAUGGACAGCACCAGCGUGGGAGGUGGCCUGCAGGAGCCAGAGGCCCCGGAAGUGAUGUUUGAGCUGCUCUGGGCUGGGCUGGAGAUGGAUGUCAUGGGGCAGCUGCACAUCCAGGACGAGGAGCUGGCAUCCACACGCCCAGGCCGCCGACUCAGGCUCCUCCUGCAGCACCACGUGCCCAGUGACUUGGAGGGUGCUAAGCAGCGGCUGCGGCAGUUCCAGGACCUGCGGAAAGGGCCUCCUCUUAGCCCUUGGGACUUUGAACAUCUGCUCCUCACAGGCCUGUCCUGUGUCUACCGGCUCCAUGAGGCUAGUGAGGCUGAGGAGAGGGGUCGCUGGGCCCAGGUCUUCACCCUGCUGGCACAGGAAACACUCUGGGACCUGUGCAAGGGCUUCUGCCCCCAGGGGCAGCCUCCAUCUUUGGGGCCCUGGGCCUUGAUCCUGGACCCCUUUCCCUGACCCUCCCCUUUCACCUGUCAACCCACCACUGCCCCCAACUCAUGGCCCAAGCCAGAUACAUCCUGGGCAGUGGCUUCCAUCUGACA